AUGGGAAGACCACCAUGUUGUGACAAAGAAGGUGUUAAGAAAGGACCAUGGACACCUGAAGAAGAUAUCAUACUUGUUACUUAUAUACAAGAACAUGGUCCUGGAAAUUGGAGGGCUGUUCCUACAAAAACAGGGUUAUCAAGAUGCAGCAAGAGUUGUAGACUUAGAUGGACAAAUUAUUUAAGACCAGGAAUCAAAAGAGGUGAUUUCACUGAGCAAGAAGAGAAGAUGAUUAUCCAUCUUCAAGAUCUUCUAGGAAAUAGAUGGGCUGCAAUAGCAUCAUACCUUCCACAAAGAACAGAUAAUGACAUAAAAAAUUAUUGGAACACUCAUUUGAAAAAGAAGCUCAAGAAAUUAGAAAUUGGAAAUAAUUCAGAAAACAAUUUUGGAGAUGAAGAAUUUUCAGCAACACAAAGAAUUCCAAGAGGCCAAUGGGAAAGAAGGCUUCAAACAGAUAUCCAAAUGGCGAAAAAAGCACUUACAGAAGCACUUUCACCACAAAAAAUAGCUUCUGCUACUUUUUCUGCUUCAAACCCUUCUAAUAGUAACUCAGUUUCUUCCACUAAAGAAACAGCUCGAUCUUUUUGCUAUGCUUCAAGUGCUGAUAACAUAGCUAGGUUACUAAAAGGUUGGAUGAAAAACCCGAUAAAAUCUUCGAGAAGUAGUACUUCGGCCUUGACGCAAAAUUCCUUCAACAACUUUGUUUCUGUAGGGAAUAAUGAUACUGCUUCUAGUAGUGGAACAAAGGGUGAAGUAUUGUAUGACACAUUCGAGUCUUUGUUUGGUUUCGAGUCUUUGGAUUCGUCGAAUUCUGAAUUCUCUCAUCAAUCUUUGUCGCCAGACGCGACUGUUUUACAAGAUGAAAGUAAGCCGGAAGUUGGUUCGGAAAUAAUGCCAUUUUCUUUGCUUGAGAAAUGGCUUCUUGAUGAAGCUAGUUGUCCUGAGAAAGUAGUGUUAGAUUGUGGUGAUGACCAUGCUCAAGUUUUCUAG